AGCACAGCUUCCACGAUUGUGUUUGGAUAGCGAGCUUUUUGUGGCAUGUGAAAAUGAGCAUUCCCUUAUGAGUAACGUGCUGUGACUCAGUACGAUUGCACGGCUGCUUGUUUUCAUUCAAGAACUUUCCCUUAGAGGAUUUUUUUUUCCUAAAAUCUGUUGACUUCAUAGAAGAGGAAAAAAAAAAAGUCAAAAACUCUGCGGGUUCAGGCGCUUCUUCGACAGCUGAGGCAGUUCUGCAGGGAAGAGGAGGUAGCUCGGGAUGGGAACCGCCGAUGCCACCCACGCCUGUGAGCUGGGGUCCUUGGGACCCGGAAAGGUGCCUGCAGCUGUGAAGUGGAAUGCCAUGGCCAGCUCCUCGGACAGUGAAGAUGACAGUUUCAUGGCCGUGGAUCCCGAAGAAGCUGUGGUCGAAGGGACGAUGGAGCAAGAUGACGAGCCCCAUGCUGAGCUGGAGGUGGAGGAGACCAGGCAUAACAGAUCGAUGUUGGAGCUCCCCGAAGAGGUUUUGGAAUAUAUCCUGUCCUUCCUUUCACCGUAUCAGGAGCACAAAACUGCUGCCCUUGUCUGCAAACAGUGGUAUCGACUAAUCAAAGGUGUGGCCCAUCAGUGUUAUCACGGCUUUAUCAAAGCGGUGCAAGAAGGAAACAUUCAGUGGGAGAGUCGCACUUACCCCUACCCAGGAACCCCCAUCACUCAACGCUUCUCGCACAGCGCGUGUUACUAUGACGCCAACCAGUCGAUGUACGUGUUCGGAGGCUGCACGCAGAGCAGCUGCAACGCUGCCUUCAACGACCUCUGGAGACUCGACCUCAACAGCAAGGAGUGGAUCCGGCCCCUGGCAUCAGGUUCGUACCCCUCUCCCAAGGCUGGCGCCACGCUGGUGGUCUACAAGGACCUGCUCGUGCUGUUCGGUGGGUGGACGCGGCCAAGCCCUUACCCUCUGCACCAGCCGGAGAGGUUCUUCGAUGAAAUCCACACGUACUCGCCCUCCAAAAACUGGUGGAACUGCAUCGUGACCACCCAUGGCCCCCCUCCCAUGGCAGGACACUCCUCCUGUGUCAUCGAAGACAAAAUGAUCGUCUUCGGAGGCUCGCUGGGAUCUCGGCAAAUGAGCAACGACGUCUGGGUGCUGGAUCUCGAGCAGUGGGCUUGGUCCAAGCCAAACAUCUCUGGGCCCAGCCCUCACCCGCGAGGUGGCCAGUCUCAGAUCGUAAUCGACGACGAAACCAUUUUAAUUCUUGGUGGCUGUGGUGGUCCCAACGCACUGUUCAAAGACGCCUGGCUGCUGCACAUGCACGCGAACCCCUGGACGUGGCAGCCGCUCAAGGUGGAGAACGAAGACCACGGAGCCCCGGAGCUGUGGUGCCAUCCUGCCUGCCGGGUGGGACAGUGCGUCGUGGUCUUCAGCCAGGCUCCCAGCGGGAGAGCCCCGCUCAGCCCCAGCUUGAACUCUCGCCCCUCUCCCAUCAGCGCCACGCCGCCCGCCCUGGUGCCCGAAACGCGGGAGUACCGCUCCCAGUCUCCCGUCAGGAACACGGACGAGGCUCCCUGCGUGAACGGCCGCUGGGGCACCCUGCGGCCCAGAGCGCAGCGGCAGACGCCCUCGGGAUCGCGGGAGGGCAGCCUCUCCCCGGCCAGAGGCGACAGCUCGCCCGUGCUCAACGGGGGGAGCUUAUCGCCCGGAGCCGCUGCGGCCGGCGGCGCCUCCUUGGACAGCCCCGUGCAGGUCGUGUCGCCCAGCACGCCCGGAGCCGCUGAAGGCUGUGAGCUGAAAGCCGGGCUCGCCCUGGCGCCAAGGCGGGGCUCGCUGCCGGAGCAGAGAGACCUGCGCUUGGGGUCCAUCGACCUGAGCUGGGAGCAGAAACCGGCUUCCGUCGUCUGCCAGACGGACGGUGCGGACGGCAGGACGCUCGGCGCCAGCGCGAGGAACCCCCCCGAGCAGACCAACGGCAUCCACACGCCGCCCCACGUCACCGGCUCCCUGCCGGGGGCUGUCUCGCCCGGCGCGCUCCGCAGGAGCCUGGAGGCCGUCAAAGCCCUGUCCUCCAAAGGCGCCUCGGCUUCUGCCGCCCUGAGCCCCCCCCUCGUGGCUUCGCCGGGGUCCCCAGGCAGCCAGGGCGCGGGUGCCGAGGCGCGGCCGGGCCCUAUGCAAGGCGAGGGCCAUUCCCUGCCGCCCAUCGCCCGCCGCCUGGGCCACCAUCCUCCGCAGUCCCUCAACGUGGGGAAGCCCUUGUACCAGAGCAUGAACUGCAAGCCCAUGCAGAUGUACGUGCUGGACAUUAAAGAUACCAAGGAGAAGGGACGGGUCAAAUGGAAAGUGUUCAGUAGCAGCUCCGUGGUGGGGCCGCCCGAGACCAGCCUGCACACGGUGGUGCAGGGCAGAGGGGAGCUGAUCAUAUUCGGCGGCCUCAUGGACAAGAAACAGAACGUGAAGUACUAUCCCAAAACAAAUGCCUUGUACUUUGUGCGAGCAAAGAGAUAAUGUGGCCCAAGCUGUGCACCACCACCACCUCCCCUCCCUCCCCGGGGCUCUCCCUCUCCUUUCAAAGUCUGUCGCGCAGGCAUUCAAACUGUGAAUUAGGGCACAACAAACCAAUAAAGUCCAAGCAAACCUCCA